GCUUCUUUGGCCGCUCUAUUCCAUCUUCCUGCAAGCCUGCACUGUCUACGGACACUGGCGCUGCCUCCUCUACUACAUUCCCUUCUUCCCCAUGCGCCAUGGUCUCUACACCGAAGGGCAGAUGGAUGCCGAAGCUCUUUGGCGGCUGCAUGGAAUCCACUGCCUCCAAGAGGAGGACGCUAGUCAGUUGCCGGGCCAUCCUAGCACCGAUAAGAAGACCGCCUCUCCGCUCUCGGACGUUAAUCACAUGAAUGUUUUCCAACCUGAAGAAGUUGAACCGUUCGCCGAAGAUUGCAGUGACGACGGCUCAGAGUACGAGAUAAG